AUGUCAGGAGCAGGUCUUCAGGCAUGGCUGUAUCCAGGAAGGGUUCACUUCAGACCUUUGGAAAGGAGGUGUGCAUCACAGGUGUACCCCGGCCUCCGCACCGUCCUCCCAGAGUGCAUGUGUUGCCAGUGCUAUGCCAGGUUUGGGGGCCACCUGCCUGUGCCCAGGGCUGAUGCACUGCUGCCCUACUGGGUCCCUCUGUCCCUGAGACCACGAAAGCAGGUCUCAAAGAUGAUGCGGUGUUAUGUCCCCAGAGCCAUAAAGUCAUGUCGCUGCCCCUGCCACUGCUUUGGGGGCCGCCUUCCGAUGCCCAGGGAUAGGGCUGUUAUGCCCUACUGGGUGCCCCAGGGGCUGAGGUCACAGAAGAAGGUGGUGAAGAGGCUGGAGAAUCUUCGAGACACUCCAGAUUGCCCCCUGGACUCAAGAAGAUGGCACGGCUGUUGGCAGGUCUGUGGGGACCAGCGUCUCCUCCUCAAGUGGCAGCGGCUCCAGAGCCUUCAUCAAGAUGAGUUGUCAGGUUCCCAGGAGGAUGAGGCACAUGCUGGCCGCCUAGGCCUCCUGCCCCUCACCUUCAACCUCCUGACCCUGCUGCAGGCUGUCCUGAGGGCCAUCAUGGCCAUUCGCCACUUGUUCUGGGACUGAGUUGGAGUCUUCAGCUACGGUCAAGAUCCUCA